UUUUAAUCCGGACAAUAAGAAAGAGCACUGUUUCUAUUUUUACUCAGUUACGUGUCGCAGGGAAUUCCCCGAAGUCAGAAAACAAAACUCGACAGUCUUUAUUGAACAGGCCCAAAGCAAAUAUGGAUUACCUUUAUUUCAUUUUAGUAAUUCUGGUGUUCCUGAAGGUGCUGUUCUGGAUAUUUUACUUUUAUGCACGAGCUCAGCGUUUAAGGGCAAACAGGACGACCCAACGUAACUUUAUUGUUGUUGAAAGGACCAGACACACAGUACCUGGUGUCACUCAUGACCAAGCAGGGAUAGUAGCCAAUGAACACCCUCAGGCCUACACAAAUCAAGCUGGACCCCAAAACUUUCCUGAGCCUCCAUCUUACACCGAGUGUGUGGGCCAGCCCCAGACUGACUCCAAGCCACCGUCCUAUGAUCAGGUCAUCCAAGGUCAGGUUUCAGUUUAUCCUGGGACUCCGACAGUCACAGGUCCAUAUACAGUCACUCAGACAGCCACGCCAACAGCCCCGCCGACAGCCCCGCAGACAGCCACAUCGACAAGUCAGACAGGAGCGCCCUCACCCAAUCCACUGUAUGGCUACAACCAGUAGCAGCAAUUGACUAUACAUUCUAUCAUCUUACAUUGUGCUUUUCCUACAUCCAUGUUUCUCAAGUGCUCUGAUCAAAUGUGCAUGUAGACAUAGAUUUAUAUGGGGAUGGUGCCCCAUUGCUUACAUAUUAAUUUAAGCUUCACAUAAAACCAACACUGUAGAUGUGUUUGUCAGGAUAUGCCUUUGACACAAUAUCUACCAAAGUUAUCUGGACCUGAUCUCACUACAGCCUUGUUUUACUAAGUAGGGUUAUCAGGACCAGAUCUGCCUAUAACCUACUGUUACUAAACAGGGUUAUCUUAUCUAGAUUUGGCUAUAGCCUAGUGUUACUAAACAGGGUUAUCUGAUCUAGAUUUGGCUAUAGUCUAGUGUUACUAAACAGGGUUAUCUGAUCUAGAUUUGGCUAUAGCCUACUGUUACUAAACAGGGUUAUCUGAUCUAGAUUUGGCUAUAGCCUACUGUUACUAAAUAGGGUUAUCUGAUCUAGAUUCGGCUAUAGCCUAGUGUUACUAAACAGGGUUAUCUGAUCUAGAUUUGGCUAUAGCCUAGUGUUACUAAACAGGGUUAUCUGAUCUAGAUUUGGCUAUAGCCUAGUGUUACUAAACAGGGUUAUCUGAUCUAGAUUUGGCUAUAGCCGUGUGUUACUAAACAGGGUUAUCUGAUCUAGAUUCGGCUAUAGCCUAGUGUUACUAAACAGGGUUAUCUGAUCUAGAUUUGGCUAUAGCCUUGUGUUACUAAACAGGGUUAUCUGGACCAGAUCUGUCUAUAGCCUACUGUUACUAAACAGGGUUAUCUUAUCUAGAUUUGGCUAUAGCCUUGUGUUACUAAACAGGGUUAUCUGAUCUAGAUUUGGCUAUAGCCUACUGUUACUAACCAGGGUUAUCUGGACCAGAUCUGAGUAUAUAGCCUAGUGUUAAUAACCAGGGUUAUCUGGACCAGAUCCUGUCAUAGCCUAGUGUUACUAACCAGGGUUAUCUGAACUAGAUCUUGCCAUAGCCUAGUGUUACUGACCAGGGUUAUCUGGACCAGAUCUUGUCAUAGCCUAGUGUUACUAACCAGGGUUAUCUGGACCAGAUCUUGUCAUAGCCUAGUGUUACUAACCAGGGUUAUCUGGACCAGAUCUUGUCAUAGCCUAGUGUUACUAACCAGGGUUAUCUGGACCAGAUCUUGUCAUAGCCUAGUGUUACUAACCAGGGUUAUCUGGACCAGAUCUUGCCAUAGCCUAGUGUUACUAACCAGGGUUAUCUGGACCAGAUCUUGUCAUAACCUAGUGUUACUAACCAGGGUUAUCUGGACCAGAUCUGAGUAUAUAGCCUAGUGUUACUAACCAGGGUUAUCUGGACCAGAUCUUGUCAUAGCCUAGUGUUACUAACCAGGGUUAUCAGGACCAGAUCUGAGUAUAUAGCCUAGUGUUACUCACCAGGGUUAUCUGGACCAGAUCUUAGUAUAAAGACAGUGUAAUAUUAUACAUUGUCGCCUUCAUAUCUCUGAAAAGGAAUUAUUGUAUAUCACCUCUUUGUCUUUAUAUGUACAAUAUUACACUGCACUUCUACUGUACACAGUUCUCUAGUACUUUAACUUUAACACACAAACUGUUUAAUGUUAAUUCACUGUUGGACAUAUUCAUAUUGUUUUGUCUUUCCCUUUGAAAUCAUUAGUGUAAGUUUAUUCAUGGCAGAAAUCCUUUAUUUCAGAACUGAGCUCUGAUCUCAAGUUUUACUAUGUAAUUUCCAUUUUUAAAUCAGUAUCCUGUUGACUACCAUAAUGUGUACAUUUCGACAUUGAUCAUUUUGUCUUAAUUCAGGAAAGGGCUGCUAUUCCAUCGGCUACAUUAUGUCCACAAAAUCAUUUUACAGUUUCAGUAAUCAUAAUUUUGGCUGAAAGGCUUUAGCUUGUUUUUUUUUUACUUUAGUUCAAUUUGGGUAUAUUGAUUUGUAAUGUUUGGUUUUAGUUUGAAAUGGAUUAUUGGUGUUUGACUGUUCAAACGGAAAUGAUCCGUGGAUGCUAAAUAAUCACUUGCAUGCAUUUAUUUUUUUAUUUCCUUCCGAUAUUGUUCUUCAUUCCAUCAUUAAUAGUCUGAUAUUUAACUUCACCUUUACUGCUAAUUUUCUUGUUCAUUUCUAUCAUUACUUAUCCUAUUCAAGCAUCUUUCCUCAUGUUGCCUCUGAAGCACAAAGUUAUUUGUAGUUUUUAACCCUGAUAUUUUCAUGUGUGAUUAAUACAUGUGUACGUAAGUAUCUGACGGUACUUGGAUAUAAUGCUGUAUAAGGUCAGCACUGUUUAUCAUUGGCAUAUCUAAUCCUUUUUUCUAAUCUCACAUGUCCCAAAGAGUUGUUAUGUUACUAAAUGUGCAUAUACGGUUAUAAAUUUAGAUUGUAGGGGAUUGUCUGUGUAAUAUGGAUGCCUAAAAGAUGGGAACUUAUCAACAUUUUCAUUGUGUUGUUUUUAAUGAAAAUAAUCAAAUUUUCAUUGGGUGUCGAAAAAUAUACACCUUAUUACAUUGUAUUGUUACUUCAGUGAUAGACAAAGCUGGAGUUCUGAUGUUAGUUAGAUAUUUUACUGGAGUGACCAGAUAUAGUUUUUGGAUCACAUUUCAAGUUGAUUCGUGACAGUUUUAUUUAUACCAGUAUAUAUUCGGAGUUCAUAUACAUGUAUAUUGCCAACAUUUUAUUUUGAGUGUACAGUAUAUGUGAUUGGUUUUAACAAAAACGUGACAGUCAAUAUGAUAUGAGAAUAUUUAGGAACAUACACUUUGUACGUAUAUACCCUUACAGAAGUUGGAGCAAUAUUGCCGUUAGAUUUUGUAUGGAAAUUAGCUUUGUGUUAAUAAGCCUCUUAAACGAACGCCACACACUUAGAUACAUGAAGGCUGCUAUAUUUUAGGGACAUUGUUUUUUUUUUGGCAGAUUUCAUAUUUAAUUAGGUGUGAUGCGCUGUAAGAUAAGUCACACAAUUCACAGAACCAUAUCACUGUAUAGUCUUCUGUUUGGACAGAUAUCCAAGAGGUUGCAUGAAACAACGUUGUUUAAUCUUGUUACAGAUAUGAUGCUUUCAAACAUGCUAGGAUAAAGUGCUAACUUCUGUCCACUACAAUAACAUUAUCCAAAUAGAAACAUUGAUUUGAGAAUGGUACAGUCCUUGACCUGUCCAUGUCGUUCACUAUUUUCAAUAUGUUUGCUUUUUAGUAUAAAAUUACUGUUUUUUUUUAAAUAUUGCAUAUUUACACUUACAUACUUCAAUUUCCGUUAUACUGUCUAUGCAAGCAUAAAGUUUUUACGUGUUAUGACAAUGAUUAUAAAAAACGUACUUGCGUGUACAUGAAAAAUCCUAAAAUACCAUAACUGCCCUCAUUGGGAGUAAAUUCCUCCCAAAUAUAAUUAAAUCAAUUUCCUUCACAAUUUUUCAGCAACCAGUGACCAUCUAAUUUUGAAUUGGAGGUACAAACAUUUUUACGUGUUAACUAUUUCUCAACUAUUUUGUAUGGGAGUUCCCAUAACCGUCUUAUGACGGUACUUCCUUGUUUCUCUGGAUAGAGGGAUUCGUGUAUAAUUUGGGAGUACUGUUCCUGUGUAGAUUUUAAAAGUAACGUUUCUUUCUGACACUAACUCAAGCACCAUUGUUGUGGAAAUAUAGCAGCAUUUGAAUAAUUGAUACUCUUUGGUGCUAAGGAUGGUGCCACUAGCAACACUAAUUUCUCAAUUCAAGGCACUACAAUCUUUCUUAGUGUUCUUUAUUACUGGACAUAAAAAUGUGUACGACGAUACCGGCAAUGUUGCUACAGACUUAAGCAUUUUGUAAGGGAAUGUACGAAUCGUGUAUUGAUGACUUUCGGGUUUAGGAAACGUUUCACAUGUAGCUAUUGCAAAUUGUUAUGAAUAUAUCUAAAUUGUGUUGCGGGCAAAA